AUGUUUUGGGACGCCUUCGUCAGCUUAUGUGUACCAUUAAAUCAAUUACGUCCUUUCGACAACAUAUUAGAGGAGUUUGCAGGAGACCCCGUGGAAGACAAAGGAUAUACCGAUAUGAGGACGACAUUCUCAAAUGGAGAGGCGGCCAAAACAAUAAUAGUACGAUACAUAGUCAUAAAGGUGUCGUCCUCAUACAACGUCCUCCUAGGUCGCCCCUAUCUCAAUCGCCUCGAGGUCGUUGUAUCCACAACCCACUUGAAGAUGAAAUUCCCAGCGGACACGGGUCACGUCGUCACAUUGAGGGUUGACCAGGCAGUAGCUCGAAAAUGCUACGAGAACAGCCUGAAAAUUCGGAGACCUAUGUAUGCUCUAUCCCUGCUUGGUCCCAAGGAAGACUGUGCACCCGAUUUCGAUCCUAGAAUAGGUAGGGAGGACAAAAGACCUCAACCCAUGGGUGAGGUAGAAGAAUUCAAUGUAGGGGAUGACAGGAAAGUGAAGGUCGGUGGGAGUUUGGAUCCCUUGAUCCGAGCCGCACUAACCAAGAAGUUGAACGGCAAAUGGAAGAUGUGUGUGGAUUUCUCCGAUCUCAACAACGCUUGCUUAAAGGAUUUGUAUCCCCUACCUACCAUCGACAUGUUGGUGGACAACGCCUCAGGCUGUGGGUUGCUCAACUUCCUAAACGCCUACUUGGGAUACAAUCGGAUCAGCAUGCAUCCGGACGAUGAAGAAAAAACAACCUUCAUGGGGAGGCAGCCACCUACUGUUACCAUGUUAUGCCCUUCGGACUUAAAAAAUGUCAGUGCUUCUUAUCAGAGGUUGAUGGAUCGAAUUUUGAAGACCUUAUCAGGACAUAAAAUACAUGCAUAUGUUGAGGACAUGGUGGUUACAUCCAACAGGGCUAAGGAACAUUUUGUCGACUCACCGAGCUCUUUUCUACUAUGA